AUGCUCCUCCAGUGCCCUUGCGUUGGCCACCAUGACGCGUACGUCAUCCCCUUCUCCCCCUCCACGCUGUACACGCCACACACAACGUCCAGCACUCGUUCCGGCACAAGAUCGUCCACAAACUUCUCUCCCUUCCCCCCCAUCCCCACCAACUCAUCCCCCACGCUCGGCCCAUUCAACACCUCCGUCUCCCCCACAACCUCUGCCGCAAGCCGUCCUGCUAUUCCCCCUCUCAUACGAAUAACCCUUCCGUGGCUCGAUUUCAGCACCCCAUCUUGCGCAAUCUUCCCACUUCGUGAUUUCUUCCGCGCAACAGACACCAGCUCGUCGUUCGGUCUCUCCACAACCGUCCGGAAUGGUAUACCCAGCGCCAACAGCCCUCUAGUCGCGUCCGUCGUCGCCACAAACCACGGCGACGGGUCCAUCGAGCUUGCAGAUGGCCGCAAGAUGUAA